ACCCCGGCCUUGUUGAUGUUGGGCCGGGAGAUCCGGACACCGGCGGAGAUGGCGUUUGGGAGGCCGCCAGACAGCCCAGAGGACCGCCCAGGACCCGAGUAUGCCCGGAAAUUGCAGGAGAAGGCUGGUAUGAGGCAGAAGAGGAACCAUGACGUGCGCAGCAAGGGACGUGACUUCCUGCAGGAGAGAUGGAGCAGUCAUUUCAUGAUGUCAUCAGAAAGGCCCUCCCCACACUUCAGCAAAGUGAAUUCCAGAAACUGUUCAGCCACUUGGAUGCCAUUGGUGUGCGGAGCGACACUGAUCUGCGGUUUGUUGCAGUAGAAGAUGUCAUAGAAGCUAUUCCACUUAUAGCUGCUAAAAGAACAGUGGACAUCAAGACCAGACUGCAAGCCAGCCAAGGACCUCCAUUAGCACCCCCAACUCUUCAAGCACAACUCCAGUCCACGUGCCAAUACAGAUCACUGGGUGGGUCUCAUCCUACCAAGUCCCAUGGGAAAAGAUGCCAGCAAGUUUAAGACAGUCUCUUGCACAGGGGUAGAAACCCAAGAAGGGAGCUAGAUUAGCAAUGAUAAGAAUCAUUGUGGAUUCAAUCCGGGAGGUGUGCUUGAAUCCAAAACUAAGCCAAUGUUCAGAAAUAGCCCAAAGAAUCUGUGAAAAGUACCCGGCAAGCUUUGCUGAGAUGUUUGAGGGAGAGGUUAUUGGAAAUGGUUAUUCCUCUUUGGAGUCUCAAAUAAAGGCCAGGGUUUACUAUGUCAAUCGUGACAACACACUGGUUAGAGUUAGGAAACCUAGACGUCGUUCAGCAGUCAUGGAUGACAGCCAGCCUGAAACAUCCAGCACACAGCCCACUACAUCUACAUGUGUGAAAAUAGAGAGCUACGGAUGCAUCAACUGGCAACCACUUGACCUCCCUGAAGGUGAGACACCGGCAUCUGCAGAAGCAAGGAGAGAAGAGACGGUGAGCCUUUUCUCAACAGAAGGUCCCCGGGCAGCAUACCGUGGCCGAGUGGAUGAGCUGAUGAAGAUGACAUACUACACCACCCAACGCUAUGCUAUCAACAGAAACCCUCCACCCAGCAUUGUGGAACUCAUGGAACAGUGGCCAUUUCUGUUCUUUUCAAGAUUCAUGUGUGCUCACUUUAGCACAUUGACAGGAAUUGAUGUUGACACCAGACUGCAGGAUUCCCUGAAUAGCAAAGGAAAGAAGCUGCUAUAUUUCUUUCAAAGUCAACUUACAAGGUGGCCAAAGGAUGUCAAGACAGUCCUGAAAGACAUCAGUGAGGUGGGCAACAUCAACCAUAGUGUUGCAUCUCUACUUGUCACAAUGGCCUACUUCAAAGAAAAAGAGGAUUCACUCUUUCUUCUGGCUGAUGUGACAACCACCUCAGCAGAUGCAGAAGCCAGUCUCUUACUCCCAAGCACACCAAGGUUGCUGGCACUUAGGGACUCUGUUCUGGAGGCGCACAAAUGGAUGCUGGUCAUACAUAUUCAGCCAGAGGACCUUCCUGACUUUUCCUCAGCAGCAGCUGUCCUAACGGCCUGCUACUAUGUUUUCAACAUAGAGUACCAGGAAGAGGCAACCAGUACUUUGGAGUUCAUUCAGAGAUGGCAGUGCCUGGUCUUGGAACCAUCAAGCUGUUUUGACGACCCUUCAUUUUCUGCUGAAGUCCUCGGCUACGUUCACACUGUAGGGAAUGAUGAGACAUUUUCUUAACCAAAGGAUUCCAUGUAGAAGAUGAAGAAGAAAUAGGGCUAUGGAUCUUUUGGAGGACCUGCUGUGAUGUCUGUUCCGAGGAGCAUGUUUCGCCUGACAAGAAGAUCUUUGGUCUACAUUGGUGAGCACCUUUAUCUUGCAUGGUAAGCCACGCAUUGAUGAUGUACAGGUCCAAACUACCUGUAUACGAAAACAACCAAUCACGUGGUACCUCGCUCCAUGUUUAUCUGGCCCGACCAACGCUACAGAAACAAAAAGGAUGAAGUUGAUGGCUCAAGUUGAUCACCGGCUCGCUCUCUUAGCUCUCCCUGUCCAUUCCCAGGUUCUGUUAAUGUUAUUGUGGUUGUUUCUGUCUUUUCUCUAUCCUGUCUCUGUCUGCCCCCUUUAGCAUGGACUCCCCAGGCUUUAUGAACAAACUAAAUUACAACCAGAACAGAAGGACUAUUUCAGACUCUCCCAUCUUAGAACAUAUCUGCAGGAUCUCGGCAGAUUAACUGUUCAGCCAAAAAUGAUUUUAUGCUCUGCUAAUGUCAACAGACAUUUCUUGUUUCAUCCCCAUUCAUAGACGGGCUUAUGGUUCCAGAUUGCUGACUCAUGGUUACAGUCCAUCACCACGUGAUGCCAUUCAAGUUGAAUUGUUGAUAUUUUGGAAUCUGUGGAUUCAACCAAAUAUGGGAAAACAGAUAGAGGCAUCCCUCAUUUAUUGCAGUUAAUAAUAUAUACUAUAUUGCUAAGUGAAUUUCCGCAAAGUAGGAUUCAAUAUUAUAAGCGGAUUAUUAUACAAAAACUGUUUCAGACUUUCUAAAUACUUUGAACAUCUAUAGAGCCCUGCAAUCAUUAAAUAACACCUCUACAAUUAUGGCUAACUUAUAUUAUUCUUUGUUUACACCACAUUACGCAGGCUACAGGAUCACUACAAAGACAUAAGACGGGCGCCGCUCGUAUGGGAAGCGACCGAGCUAGCUAGUUAGCUUCUCCAAUUUACUUAUUCUAAACUUAAGAAAGUGUUUCAAACGGAGUGGGGAAGAACUAAGAAACCAAUAACUUACCACUUCCACACGAAAAAUUAGGAUAAUUUUUUUUUCCACUUUAUCAUGUCAAACAUGCCACACUAUGUGCAGUGUGAAGAUGCAACAUAUGCAACAUAACAUUACUAGAAUACUGCAUAUAACUUGUCCUUCAUAGA